UUAUCACAGCGAUAGUGUCUCAAAUCCACUGAGGAUGAAGCGGCAGUUCAUUUCCAUACUCAUCUGUCUGUCUUUUUCCAAAGCUCUGGCACUGACGUGUUAUGAUUGUUACAAUGAUUGUUCAAACCCAAACCAAACAACACCCUGUUCAGAUAAAUGUGCUACCUACAGUGACAUAAUAUAUGAGGAUGAUGUUGUGUCGAGGAACAGAGCUAGGAUAUGCUCUAAAGAGUGUUAUAGCACCAGUCUUAACGUGGGAUUCUCCAAAAUAGCCGCCAACAUAAAAUGCUGUGAUUCUGAUCUCUGCAACAAUGAACCGAUCUCAGAUGUUGACGUGCGACCCAACGGCAAACAGUGUCACUUCUGUGCUGGAGAAAACUGCUUAGGAAUCCUGUAUUGUGAGGGAAUUGAAGAUCGCUGCUUUACUCAAAUAGGUACUACAGAUGGCAGAGAGAUCAUAUAUAAAGGAUGUGUGAGUGAAAGUAUUUGUCUUCUUGUUACAAAAGGCCUCCAUUUCACCAACAUAAACCCCGACACAAAUGUAACUAUGAAAUGCUGCGAGGGGAACCUGUGUAACAGUGCUGAGAGCGUGACACUGAGUUUCAUCCUCAUGUUGCCCUUCCUGCUUUCCACUUUGCUCUUUCAUUAAGCUUACAGUAUAUCAUUAAUUUAAUUCACUUGUAUUUAUGUAGUGCUCUUCACAAUGGUCAUUGUCUCAAUUAUUAUGUGCUUUCAAGCUACUAAAUACAAUAAUUUUUACCUUCAUGAAUUUUUAUGAGCUUACAGUAUAUAAAUUGCACACAGUGUGGUAUAAGAGCAAUGAAACCCUCUAGCACAGGCUGCUAUUUAAUGAGUGUCAGGUGGGUUUAGGAUAAGCGGGACACCCUAUCAGAGAGGACAUACAUUUUUAGCAAAAUAAAACAAGCAUCAAUUAACAGAAUAAAUCAGAUAAAAACUUAUUAAAUACUGACUCUUAUGAAAAACUGACUCUUGUUGACAUUAUAGCAGAUUAUAUUGACUCUUAGCAAAAAAGGAAGAAACAUCAUCCUCAUGUUUAAAAAAAAAAAAUUAAGAAUUACUGAAGCCCACAUGAGCCUCAUCACUGGUUGUGUGUAUGCAAUAUAGAAACAUCAAAUAAAAAGACACUAAAACUAGAAAUAUUAAAAGGUCAGAUGUAAUACAAGCAAAAAAACUAUUUUAUAAUUGUUUUCUGGUUAAUGAAUACCAAACAUAUUUUAAAGCUUUAUAAGUUGAAUAAGCCUAAUUGGGGACAUCAUGCAAUUUGAAAAACUUUAACUCAAUCAAAUCGAUCUUUGCUAAGCUGUUGGGCUAGGAAAACCACAUAAGAAAUUAGAAUUUAGACUAAAAAUUGAAGCCUCAUUUGCAUUUGAAUGUUUUUUUUUAAAUCAUACUUCUAUGUACAAAGUCAAAAGCAAUGAUGUAUAUGGAUGUAUGUAGUGGAAGUAUA